CUUGGCACUGGCAUACGAGAGUAGAGGAGCGAGGAGCGUUGCCUUGCCAAUGAGUAGCGCGACGCGGUACGCAGCGUAGGUACUUGACGUUCGCUCGGUCGUUAUCGGUUGGCGACCAAUUCUGUUCGACUGCGUCGUAUCAGGUUAUCGCGAAGCAACGUUUGCUCUUCCAUUGGUCGGAGAUGGUACUCGGGGGAUCGGAUGAAAUUGUGUUAAACGCUUGAGAACAUGAUACGAAACUACGCAUAUCGAUCCGAGGUUCGGGUGAAGUGAAGACUACGCGUAAGCGUAACCGUGCGUGUAGAGUCGUUAGGCAGCGUCGUCGUCGCGACGCGCCGCGAUUACGCGCCACUUACCCGAUUUGUUUUGACAUGUGUGUGCCCUGCCAUAUUGGAUUAACACCUCGCGUAUUAAGGACCAAACUGGCGCGAGUUUCGCGCUAACAAGGUCGGGGGCGAUCAAUGCCCGAUGGCGUGGACUGGAACGCAACGCUGGAGAAAUCCUGCUCCAGAAGGUGACGAUGUACAACGAUCGAUCGAGCUGCUGGACAAAGUGCUCUCAGAGUACGACGAGCACGAAGCAGAGGGCGAAGGUGGUGGAGGAGCCGGAAGCGGCGCAGGUGUCGGGGAUUGCGGCAGCACCACCGAACCGACUAUCGCCCUCACGCCCGACGACGAGAGCCCGUCCUUAGGGCAUCAAUCCGAGGACGACGGGUACAUGAGCAUGAAUGGACGGAAGGCGAAAAUGGCCCUGGUAGCACUGCGUCCGGUACCAGAUUGUCCAGAGCCACAGGAUCUCGCCGGUAUAUCCGGUCAGGAGUUCCCACCGCCGCCUGAGGAGGCCGAACGAAUCAUCUCCACGCUUUUACCAAUGGUGUCGCCGAGUAAUUCCUCCAAGAGGAGCAGCCACUCGUCGGGUCGUAGGAGCGGACGACAGCAGUGGAUGGAGGACAGCAUAAGGUGCGGAAACGAUAGCGCGGUCACCACCCAAACGACCCUCCCUAAAACGCGUCAUCAGAGACCUUACGGAUGGGAGAACGGGACCGGCGAACGAAAUUCGAGAUUGGUCGAGCCUCCGAGUCCACCGAGCAAAUUUGCCAGCCUCCCGUACGAUGGCAAAGUGUCGUUCGGAUGGAUUCCGCCGAGGACGAAUCCGACGACCGUCGAGAAGCACCGCGAGGUCAGGCGUCGCUCCUCCGAAGAGGAGGAGCUCGAGGGUAACGGUAAGAAUCAUCAUCGACAGAGCUACGAGAAGGAUCGAGCGUCGACCCGUUCCCGGAAGCAACGUCAGAGCAACGAGAUAACCAAGUCGAGCAGCGUGGAGGACCGGCUGUUGAUGAAUCACGAGGAAUCCGAGCAGAGCGGUGCUCGUCGGAGAAACGACUCGGACUCCAGCGAGGAUAGAUUCUCGAGGAAUUCCGAGUCCGAGAGAUCUUCGAUCCCGAGGUCGAGCUCGGUCAGCGUCGAGAGGUUCUCGAUGCGAGCCACCUGCGGCUCGUCCGACUUCUCCAGGGCGAACUCGACCUCGAACGAGAGAUUCAAUUCCGACUUUUCGAUAGCCGUGGCCAGCGCCAGUUCCAACGAUCGCGUGUCCAUGCCCACCUCCGAUCCUUUCUCCAUUCGAAACCUAGACUUCGUCUCGUUCUCGUUGCCCACGCGGGCCGAUUCGAACGAGAGAUUCUCGGCACCGACUUCGGACAGGUGCUCCGAGGAGCGAUACUCGGACGUGUUCUCGACCAGGAACUCGGACUUCUCUACCAGAAAUUCGACCGACUUCAGAACCCAGUCCGAGGAAGAACGAUUCUCGGACGAUUCCCUGGAGGAACUGCUGCCACCCCCACCCGCGAUCAGCAAGAGGCAUUCGAUAGCUUGGGAGGUGUCCCUCGAGGACGAUCCCCUCUACGCCCCGGGGAGUACCAAGGUGAUAGGCAGAAGACGACGUAAAAGCAGUGACGUAUCCAGCGUCGGUUCGGCGUCGAAGCUUCGCGAUUUCGACGAUUGGCAGGAUCCGCGAUUGUCUACCACCGACGACGAUCUAGUCUCGCCGUACUCGGAUUCGUCGACGAACGAACUCGAUCAGAUACGGCCGCAAGAACUGACGAAGAACGGUACCUACGUGAUCCGUCGCGGUCGAAAGAAAGAGCGGAAGAGUUUACCGAAACCGCCUACCAAAACUAAAAGCUUGUCGUUCGAUAACAGCGAAGAGAAUCGAUUGUCCGACGGGAAGCGAUACUCGAGCACGUUCGACAAUAUCAGGAGUCUCCUGAGGGACAAUAAAAUGAACGAACCGAUGGACGAUGCACCGGCCGUGGAGUAUGCGGCAGCGGUUCCGCCGGAUCUAGUCAGAGUGGUCUCGCUUCCGGCGAUCAACGACGAGACCGGAAAUUGGCCUAGAGAGUUGGAGGUGACGGUGGAAGAAGAGGAAUCGUCAGACCUUUCAGACAAGGAUAAGAAGACGCGAGAAACGUCUUCGUCGUUAUCGUCGAACGAUAAACCCUCGAGAGGCGAAACGAAUCACGGAUCGAGUAGCGCGUGCAACGGCGUCUCUCUCUCGGCUUCGAACAGCUAUUCGAUAGGGUUUGCGACCGGUGGGACCGCGGACGAGCCAACUGCUCCGAGGAAAUCACCAAAUCCGAACGAGCACCGGCACGCGUCCAAGAUUCCGGUCAAUUUGUUGAUCGAAGAUCAGAUCGUGAAGAAGGCGUUGAAGGAGAACCGUCGACAGCUGGAAAAGGUGAGCGACGCUAUCAAGGAGAUCGAGAGCGUGAAAAAUAGCGAGUCUUACUCGGAGGGGAAGCAGCGGUGGACGCGGACCGAGGACACGAGACAGGGAAGGAAGAGCAGCCUCGAGAGCGAGUCGAACGACCGGGAACGGAGUAUUCUGUUGGACUCGCGAUGCAAGAAGCAGCAGCUGGACUCCGACCUCGAUUCGGACACCGCGUCGAAGACCAGCCCCGAGACGACGGAUAUCGAGGGGAGACGAGCUAACGGGACGGAACUGUAUUCAUCGGGAAAGCGGCAGAGACGUCAGAACGGCGUCGAGGGCCACAAGAACGAUCAAAAGCAAAUCGAGAACGUGAUCGAUGCCAUUCUCGAAGACUCGAAAAACCCAGACUUUCAGGUGAGCGUGGAAGUCCUCGAGUUUCCCCCGUUGCCACCGUCGCCCGUCGAGGAGGCGGACGAGGAAUGCGCGGAUAUCGGGCAAAGCUCGGUGAUCGCUCCAAAACCGAAAGCUAGCAAUCGCACGAUGGAGUACAGACCCCGAGUACCACCUCAUCGGGCACCCAUCGCCAAUCACUCGUUCUCCGAUUCGAAGGAUCAGCAAACGUCUCUCAAUACCAGAUCUAUGGACGCUGGAUUUACUCGGGGUAAAAGAACGCCUACUGCCACCAAUUCCAGACGAGAGCAGCAAAUACCCGUCGAGCGAAGGACUUUGCCCACGGAUCUGCCCGGUCCAUCGAGAAGGCGGCCCUUCACGAAGAGGCACUCGCCGUCGUCGAUGGAACCGUGUUCCUCCGCCGGCAACGGCAGCUGCGCCAACAGCGUUACCGCGAACGGUGCCAGUAACAGCAGCAACAACAACGGUUCCACCAUCGGAAACAUGGCGACUGGUAGUAGCGGGAUGCAGACCUCUUGUUCGCUUCCGGAGACUCCCGUCUUCGCCAGGGGAAGCGACAUUCCUAGAACCCCUCAACACGCGAGCAAUCCUACUCAGAUGCGCCGGCAACCUGGUUUGUACGCUCCAACCAUGGCUACCACCGGGUAUCGGAGGAACAACCCGGGGCUGGAACAGGCGAUAAUCGGGACAGAGCUGUUGCGAUUAGCCGGGGGACCGAAUCGCGGGUGGUAUCCGACCAGGAAGGCGAAUCAACCGCGACCGGCGUCGAUCGAGCACCUAGAGCGAUUGAACAACGCGUACGAUCCACGGUUGGCCGGUACCGGGGACCAGAGGAAACCGUUGACACUGCCUACCAACAUCACACCGAACAAAUACUUCGGCCAAAGUAAGCACAGCUCUGCCUCCAGCACUCGCGAGGCGCUACGGAGGGUCACUAGCUUGCUCAUCAAGAAAGGAAGCGGAAGCAAAGAUGGGAAGAGCGGGAAGGACAACGCGUCACCGUGUGGACCUUACGCCGCGGCCGAGUGCGGGGACGCGCCGAAGAAAAAGGGAUUCUUCAAGGGUUUCUGGAAAAGGUCUCGCCACUACUCGCUGGAGAACCAAUAGCCCAGGUCAGGCGGUGGUAAGGUGACGAGCAGCCAGGAACGACAGAGACGAGGGCCGCCGCGGCAACGACACCGUUACCGGCAACACGUCGCGACGACCACGACCGCUUUCACGCACAGUGCUUGCUGCUGCAUCCUACAGUAGCCUCUCCACUCGGUGUCCCCGUAAACCGAACCGAACCAUCGCCGCCAACGAUCUGUCUACCGUGCGAUCGCGUUCUUUCCUCCGCGAUCCACGUCUCCUUCAGGUUUUAAUUCCGCCCGAGAUCGGUGCCACGUCCAACGAGCUACGUCGGUCCGUGGGUACAUUUCUUUCAUACGCAUUACGUCUUUAUUUCUCCGCCUCAGCGUCGACUGUCCGGUCUCAUUCAUUUUCUCGUGUUCGUCGUUUCGUUCUGAAACGGUGUUUGGUUCAUUUGCCGGCUUGAUCGGCGAUCAUCCGAUCGGGACGAACGGUUAGGUAGAAACGAACGAGGGCUACUGGGUCGAUCGGCGAUGCAAAAAAAGAAGUACAACGGGUCGGUUUUCUGACGAUCGAUCGACCGAUCGCGAGCACCCUAGGCGUUUCUUUUUCCGGUAUCCAACAUUGCGCGAGAUCCAUCUCUAUAGACGCUCGAUAAUAAAAACUUAUUAACUAUCCUGUAUCCGAGUACUCGAGAGUAUUUAACACACGUACGUACUUUAGGCCGCGUUAGGUGACGUAUGCCACAAGCAAUAGAGAAAGGGGAGAGCGUAGGAAAACGUAUUAUAGAAACAAUAUCUUAUACAAGGAUCACGACCAUGUUAAAAGAGUACCCUUGUACUAAACAUAUUUAUUAUUAAUAUCCGAACGAUUUGUAACUGUACGAACGAAACGUUUCGCGCGUUUCGUAUGUUACCUUAUAAAUAUUAUUUUGAUUACAUCAUCA